ACCAGUACCACGUGAUUGGCCCGCACCCUAUGCAGAAUAGGUGGGCGUGGACUACCCGCCUUCCAGACAGGUGCGAUAGCGAUAGGCGAGGGUUCUCUGGUUGUGACGUCGGCCCCCUGGAUUGGCGUCCGGAGAGCGAUGGGCGUGGCUCACCUGCGGGGUCCAGCGGCCGUUGUGGCCCAGCGGGCAGCUUUGUCCGGGAGGGCGGUGCGAUGAGGCAGGAGAAGAGUCUGGCACUGUUGGUCACGUUGGCGGCUGCGCUGGCGGCCGCAGAGUCGCUACCAGACCAAUGCCGCUCACCCAAGAGGGUGGGCCCAUGUCGGGCGUCCUUCCAUCGGUGGUGGUACAAUGCCACUAGUCAAAUGUGCCAGGAAUUCAUUUUUGGGGGUUGCAAAGGCAAUGCCAACAACUUCUUCUCAGAAAAGGAAUGCUUCCAGACAUGUGCCACAGGUGGAGGUGCAGAGGCAACUGUGGUACCCAGUGGGCCAGCCACUGAAGUGGCUGCAUCGAGAGCUGGUCAUCACCAGGAGCUCGGCGACAACAGGCCUGGCUUCAGAGAAUUCUGCGCUGCGCCUCGGGUGGUGGGUCCCUGCCGUGCCUCCAUCCAGCGCUGGUACUUUGACGUGGAGACACGGAUGUGCAAGGCGUUCAUCUACGGCGGCUGCCAUGGCAACAAGAACAACUAUCUCUUUGUGCAGCACUGCUGGAGGCAGUGCACAGGCAAUCGAGAGAUAACUGAGGACACGGAAGAGGCAGGAGCACCUGCUCACCUCCCGUCGGAGCCCUUUGGCCUCUCCACCAGAGCUGCGGUCCUUGCAGUUCUUCUGACCAUCCUGGUUGCCAUCCUGCUGGGGGCAAUGGCAGUUUUCUUUGUCAAGAUCUGCCGGAAGAACCUGGAGCUGUCUGUGGGGACAGUGUGGAGCACCCUGGACGACAAGGAAUACUUGAUGAGCAAUGCCUACACGCUUUGAGAGAGCUGCCAGCACUCUCAGGAACAUGCCAGGAACCACAGCAGCAUGUAAAUAUGAGCACAGAUGGCCCUGCCUCGCCUUGCCUCUGCAGGAAUACACUUGGGUCAUGCCUCUUCCCCAGCCCGCUUGGUUCACCACAGGCUUCCCAGUGCGGCAGAGGGUGGCACCAUCCAUCCUCUUCUCCCACCUCCACAGGAGACCUGGAGAGGACCUGUGGAUGGUGCCGUCCUGCUCUUCAGAGCCAGAAGUGACUCACCACCUGGCCCACAGCCCUACCUUGACUUCCCUCUGGGCAAAGGCAUUUCACCUCAUCCUGCCCCCCACUGGGGUCCUCCAGAGGCAUUGUGCAGCAACCCCCGCCCCCAGGCCUCAGCCAGGGCAGCCAAUGGCUGGAGCCCUGGGAGAUGUUGAUCGGGGGUGGGGGUGCAGCUGUGUCCUGCAUGUGAUGGUUCUGUUGGGGAAGGAAGGGGCCAGGACCACUGAGACACUCUCUCCCCAGGAAGAAAUGCUUUGGGAAUAUUCACAUCUCCACCCCACAUGCGCUUCCCUGGGAUCCACCCAGUGCCUCUGAGAGACCCCGAGGUGCCACUUCCCUCUCUUGAGCUGAGGAGGACUAACCACUUUGGUGUGUUUUGGGGGACAGGUGAAGCAGUCAGCAUGAAGCAGCCCCUCUUGUGGACUGUGAGUCUUGCCUGAGACCAGGGCUUUCCGCAGCAGCUUCCCUAAGCACCUUGCCAAAUCCCAUCCCCAGGAGACGCCGGUGGGUAGCCCCAAGCAUCACAAGCAGGGCUAAGCCAGUGUAGCAGCCAAAGGGUACAAGGGCCCCCAACAUAGGGGCCCAGAAGGAGAACAGCAAGGUGCAAAGACUCCAUCUAACAGCCUGCCUGCCCCCCACCCCGUCUCCUGCAGUUCCUACCAGACCAGCAGCUCUUGGGGGGGUGGGCAGUGAGGGGCCUUGGGCACCCCUUAGUUCACCGCUCAGCAUGCCUUAAGCUCUUCUCCAGAAAGUCCAUUGAUUCCUCCUCUGGAACAGAACCUCUUCCUUUCCCUGGGGAGGCUGCCCCGUCUUGCUCAUCAGCUUUCCAGCCCCCAUUCUUCUAGAGAUUAGAUGCAACAAGUUGCAGUUGUUGAGGCUCAGCAAUUGGCUGGCGUGCACCUUUCUGCCUGAAGCCCAACAGACUGAGAGGCAGCCAGCUUUCAACUCGCAGACCAAAUUCCCAUUCCUCUGCCUUUGCAAGGAAGCACAGGGAGUAGUCGCAGGGGUAUCCUUCAAGUGCUCCCUCUCCCCUCCCUCCCUCCCAGGCACUGAGGCAACUGAGGGCCUUGAUUGCACCUUUAGGAAAAACAGCCACCUCAUGCUUCAGCUCUGCUGUGGCUCUGCCAAGAGUGUCAGAAAGACUGUUUCAGCCUGCAUGACAGAACUUUACCCAGUUGUGGAGCUGGCCCCAGCAGACCCCCCCCCCCCGAAAAGUAGCUGCAGAGGCAUCUCACUGAGGAAGGUUUAAGUGGGUUUUUAUACUUUUUUAAAACAAAUCAAAACUUGAUUGUAUUAAAUCUCUUUAGGGACUCUUCUUUUAAUUGUGUUUUUAGUAAUGAAGGGGCUCUGAAUAAAAUGGAGUAACUAAG